AUGAUCAGGUUGUGUCAGAUUCUGGAUGUCAACGGUUUCCUGGACAAGUUCAAGUACGUCGGAAAAGGUCGUAACGGCACCAACCUGCGAACCCUCCGCUACCCUCCCGUCAAGGAGGAGGUCAAAAAGGACCAAGUCAGGUGCGGGGAACACACGGACUUCGGCUGUCUAACGCUGGUGUUCCAAGACAACAUUGGCCUCGAGGUAAUGAACGUUGACGGAGAGUACGUCCCGGCCUCGCCUAUCCCGGACACCAUCGUGGUCAACAUUGCGGACACCUUACAGAGGUGGUCAGCCGACAAACUCAAGUCGACGAGGCAUCGUGUGGUUUUGCCGGACAGCCGGGAGGAGCGACAGCGCGUGCACAGAUCCAUUGCCUACUUCUUCCACUGCGACAGUGACGUGGAGAUGAAGUGUCUGGACGGGUCGGACAAGUACGAGCCGAUCUCUGCACGAGAAUAUCUUCUGCAGCAGAUUGGGACAACCUACCUAACAGGGUAGCUGGUUUGCUUUAAGCUAAGGGCACAACCCGCUGUACGUGCAAGU